AUGGAAAAAUUACGCAUUGAGGUGAAUGACUUUGCCUGCUGGUCUUUAGGUUGUGCUUAUUCAGCUAUUAAAACUCUUGCUAGAUUCCAUGCUGCCUCGAUUAUUUUCGAAGAAAAGAGAAGUAUGGAGGAUAAAUCAUUUAGAAUAAACAAACGCUAUCCUUUAGAAGUACAGAAAGAACAUUUGCUUUCGAAAAAAGCAAAAUCAGAUAUAAGUGGCUGUUAAGUGUGAACAAGUGUUUGGAAAAUCUAAGUACAUUUUACACCACAGACAUUACUGUUGCGAAAAAACUUGAAAAUGACAUAUUUGUUGAUGAUGGGCUGAAGAAGAUCAUUCGACCCUCGAAAAAGUUUAGGAAUGUGCUUUUUAAUGAUAAAGGUGAUUGUCGACUUGUAGAUUUCCUGUUAACGAGGUAUAGCCAUAUUAUGAUGGACAUCCUUUUGCUUUUAUACAUGAACUUGGAGAGAAAUAUUAUUAACUCAAUCUUGAAUAACUUAAUCCAACAGUAUUAUGAAACAAUGAGAUAUGAAUUGCAACUACAUGGGCUUCAGAUAGAGACACUAGCUCCAAAAGACGAAUUAUUUACCAGUACUCAAGAUUACACCUUACCCGCUUUACUGGAAAGUUGUACCUGUAUGUAUGGAACAAAUACAUUCUUGUCGAAUGAAAUGUCCAGUUAUAUCGUCUCGUCUUUUGAGAACGUAGAGAAGUUUAAUUUAUAUGAUAGAUGGUAUUUUGUUGAGAGAGAAUUGAAAGAGAAUCCAAAAUUCAAAGACAGGUUCGAUAAUAUACUAAUUCCUUUAUUUGCCAUACUCGAAAAGCUCUAAUCUCUGGAAUCAUUCUAUUAUUAGAACAGAAAAAAGGAAGGGACUAUUUAUUUUAUUAUUUAUACGAGUUUUAUCGUUUGUUAAUUUAUCUAUCCCUGUUAGAGGGGUGUGUGAUGCUUUAUGAUUAGGUAUGUGUAAGUUCGUUUGUAAUAUAAUUGAAAACAGAUUUAAACUGUAUAAGGGUGUGUACUCUUAUUUACAGUAUAUCCUAAAGUUUCUUUUAGUCAAUAAAACGGAUCACAGAAAUCGCAGUACGCAAGGCUGGGCAUAUUUUAAUAAUAAUAAUAAAUGGUUUUAUUUUCAAACAGUUCACUAAAAAAUAUCAAAAAGAGGAACAUGAGUAUUAAUGAGAAAAAAAAUGACGACUGUCUGAAAACCACAAGAGGGAGUUCACUAUCUAGUGCUAUUCCACUCAUCCCUUGAAAUUAUUGGAUACAUUAUGCCAGUCUAUGAAAAACGAUAUGCAAGAGCCAAUCAUAAAACCAGCGCUCUCAUUGCUCCUUCUAAAUAUAGUCUUGACGAUGGUUUAUCCUCGUCAGAGCAUAUACACGGUGUUAUAACCAAAGCCAAGAAGCUUCUACGUAUAUACAUGGUGAAGAGGUCUUUUAAAGCAUCUGACGUCAACACUUGCGCCUUCAUUUACAAGGCAUUUGUAAGGUCAAUUCUUGAAUUUGCUGGCCCUGACAGUAAUUUUCUUGAAGCAGUACAGCGUCGCGCAACUCGAAUUCCAUUUGGAGCUCGCAGACACAGGUAUGAAGAUCCUCUGGGGUUAUUCCACUUGACCACAUUCUCCGACCGAAACAUCCAAGGCGAUGUCAUAGUUACCUUCAGAAUACUUCAUGGCUUGAUUGGCACAAUCCUGAAGAACCUAUAACAACUGUAGAACGACAGUCUGUCAGUGGUUUCUUCCCAACCGCAUAUUCAAUACUUGGACCAGUAGGUGGUAGACCACGAUAUCUCACUGUCCAACCCGGAGGUUCCACCCGGCGGAUCUCUAGCUGCUCGCGUACACAUAAUCCGUUAUAGGCCGUUGAUGGCAACGGCCGAUAAACAGCAACGUCCAAACUUGAGAUUCCUCGGCAGUGCGCGAGCAAUUAUAACAGAUGAAUGAGCGUUUUGAGUAUGGAUAUUGAAAAACUAAUUGGUUCUUUUGAUAAUAGGCCGAUAAAAACUCAAAAAGUUACAUUAAUCGAGAUAUUGGAAAACGUCUAUGGGCUGAAGUUGCAUUGGAAAUGGAUAUAGCCUUUGCAAGAGUAAAAAAAAUGGAGCAACUUAAGAGACUAAGAUACUGAAAUAUAUAAUAGCACAUUUUAAAAUAUUCGAGGAACUUGAUAGAUUGUAAUUUUAAAUCUUCGAAAAUGUGGUGAAAUUCACCAGUUGUUUUCUGUGCAUAAGAAUUUUCUGGAAGAUACAUCUCUUCGAAAUCCUCUAUUUUAAAUACACGUCUUCAAUCGGUUAAUCUGUACUCAACAAUGACGGCCGACAGGCAACGACCGAUGAAGGCCGGAGUGUAUACAGACAAACGUCCGAGACAGUCGUCCGAACAGCUGCGGCCCGACAUCGGCCGAUAAAUCGGUUUUGGUGUACGCGUACCGUAAUGCUGGCUACACACGAUCCGGCAGGCCUGUCAGUUCGAACUGAACAGUCCGCCCGAAGACCGGCCGCCUGAUGGACUGACCACCCUCUACACGUUCAGGCGAAUAUGAAAUAUCAGUCUCAAUCAUCAUAUUAUGGCCUCUACUGACGACGACGCGUUAGCACUUCUCGGCUUAGUAGUUGCUUUGGGUAAAAAGAAAUCCAAAAAAAACGUACGGUAUGGUGUAAAGAUUGGUUGAAAAAAAGGAGCGUUUUUUCUCAUGUGAAUUUGCUGAAUGACCUGAAGUUAGCUCCCAAGGGUUGGCACAAUUAUCUACGUAUGGAUGAAGAUACGUAUCUGCAACUUUUAUCAUUGUUAGCACCUUUGAUAGAAAGAAAAGACACUGUAAUGAGAGAAGCAAUCCCAGCACACGAAAGGCUGACGGCAACUUUAAGGUUUCUAGCUACUGGAAGAACCUAUGAGGACCUCAAGUUUUCCACUAUUAUAUCACCUCAAGCUCUGAGUUACAUUAUUCCUGAAACUUGUGAAGCAAUAUGGGAAGUUCUACGCAAGGAUUUUAUGAAGUUUCCACGACUAGAACAAGACUGGAGAAACAUUUCUCAGAGCUUUGACGAACUCUGGAAUUUUCCUCAUUGCCUUGGGGCCAUUGACGGCCAGCAUGUGAGCAUCGUGCCCCCAUCUGGAAGCGGAUCGUACUAUUAUAAUUAUAAAGGUUUUCAUAGCAUGGUGCUAUUAGCCUUAGUUGAUGCAAACUAUCGUAUUUUAAUGUGCGAUUUCGGAACAAAUGGCAGGGUGUCUGAUGGUGGUGUAUUACAAAAUACCAAAUUUUUUGAAAAACUACAAAAUAAUCUCCUGAAACUUCCUGGAGAAGAAACCAUACGGAAUACUUACAGAAGCCUACCAUAUGUAUUUAUAGGAGAUGAGGGUAGACCUAAUGAAACCUUUUCGACAGGCAGCCUUGACUUCUAGGGAGACACAAAUUUACAACUACCGUUUAUCACGAGCAAGACGUAUUGUCGAAAAUGUAUUCGGAAUAUUGGCUGCCAGAUUUCGGAUAUAUCACACUUGCAUUAAUUUGGAACCGCGAAAUAUUGAAUUCGUUGUAAUGGCUUGCUGCAUGUUACAUAACUUUUUGAUAGCUAUGUCCUCCAGAGUGCUUUGACUAUGAUGAUACGGAAGAAGGUGUGACACAUUUUGGAUUAAAUUCACGAGGUUCUAAUAUGUCUAGCUUGCAACGAAGACCAUUUGGAAAUACAGCGAAUGCAGCAAAAGAAGUUAGGGAGGCCUUUAUGAGUUAUUUUACAAAUGAAGGUAAAGUUCCUUGGCAAGAUAGAUUCAUCCAAUAAAAACUUACCUACUAAUAAUACUAUUGUAUAGGGUGGUCCAAAUUGGUCGCUCUCUUAUGGGAACACCCCUUAUUGAAAGAAAUCGACUAAAUUUUAGGAACGUCCCCUGGCAACAAAACGAUUACAAAUUGCAAAAUUUUGUUUGCACCAAUGACUUUUUUUGACCAAUUUGGACCACCCUAAAAAUACACAAAUUACCUACAAAUAGGUACUUAUUUACAUUAUGAAAAAUAUGUGUUUAUUAAAUAAAUAAACAAA